AUGCUCGACUACGAGGCCGAGCACUGCCCUGAUUAUUUGUACAACUCCCACAUGCAUCGCUUUGGCAACACUGACAUGAUCAUCCCGGGUGUUGCUGACGAGUUUCUAGCUAUCGCUCCCGAAGGCGGGCUAGAGCUCAGCCCUGAAAAAGAAUUCUACGGGUUACUUACCUACCGAUACAUGCCCAUGGACAGCUGCAGCGUGCAGAUGGAUUACCUCUCCGAUCCAGAGUACGGUCCAUUGUUCGAUACUGCCAUCCUCUUGGACCAACCACUUAUUACCUAUGUCGCUGUCACAGGGGUUCCGUACGCUCAAGAUGAUCAUGCCUUGCGAAUGUGUCGGUUUGCGUCCAACUGCCUCAGCCUCUUUGCCACUACCUUGCAUCGUCUGGAAGACACAGUGGGUAGGGCCGAUCUGAGACUUCGAGUUGGUAUACAUUCCGGUGAAGUCACUGGAGGGGUCCUCCGUGGCUUGAGGUCGAGGUUCCAGUUGUUCGGGGACGCAAUGAAUACUGCCUCUCGCCAUGAGACCACUGGGGCGCCAGGACGGGUUCACGUGUCCAUUACAUCUGCUGACCUCAUCAAGGAGAACGGGCAUGCGGAUUGGCUUGAGAAACGAGAGGACAAGGUGGUGGCGAAGGGCAAAGGCGAACUUGAAACUUAUUGGCUGAAGGUCAAUGUCGUCGAGGCCCAGACAGAAACAACCUCAAGGGUCUCCUCGGUCAAUGGCUGGUAA